AUGACAGAAGACUUUUUGAUUCGAAUGCGCCAUCACACAGGAAACUCUGAUUUGAUCAUAACAUUGGAAAUGUAUAAUGAGGCAUUAAUAGCGAUUGAAGAUAUGUGCCUUACGAUCGCCAAUAAAGCAUUGAGACAAUUAGGUAUGAUUUCACCCAAUCGUCCAAUGCAUGAUUUUUUCGAUCGAGAAUUGCGACGAGAACAUCAUUAUGAUAUCAAUGAAUUGCAAACAUUUGUGAAUUUAAAUGUUCCCAAAUUAAAUGAUCAUCAAAAAAAUGUAUACGAUACCAUCAUGCAAGCAGUACAAAAUGAAGCCGGUGGAUUGUACUUUUUGGAUGCGCCCGGUGGUAUGGGUAAAACAUUUGUAAUAUCACUCAUUUUGGCAAACAUUCGAGCGCAAGGGAAAAUUACAUUGGCACUUGCUUCGUCUGGAAUAGCUGCUACUCUGUUGGAUGGAGGACGAACAGCACACUCUGCAUUAAAAUUACCGUUAAAAGUGCAGGUGAUUGAGAAUCCCACGUGCAAUAUAUCAAGAAAUUCUGCGAUGGCGAAAGUUUUACAGCAAACAGCAAUUAUUUUAUUGGAUGAAUGUACGAUGACGCACAAAAAAUUACUUGAAGCAAUACACCGCACAAUGCAAGAUCUGCGUGGCAAUCAAAACAUUUUUGGUGGUGCAUUGAUAUUAUUGUCAGGAGAUUUUAGGCAAACACUGUCCGUAAUUCCACGCACAACACCGGCAGAUGAGAUCAAUGCGUGCCUUAAAUCUUCUUUCAUGUGGAGAUAUGUGCGAAAAUUUACGCUAAACAUAAACAUGCGUGUUCAGUUGCAGAAUGAUCAAUCUGCAGAUCGGUUUUCGAAGCAAUUGUUGGAAAUCGGAAAUGGCAAAGUUCAAAUCGAUAACACAAACGGUUUAAUUAGUUUGCCAAACAAUUUUUGUACAAUUCUCCAAUCAAAAGAAGAAUUGAUUGAACGAGUGUUUCCAAAUAUUAUCCAAAAUCACAGGAAUCACAAUUGGUUGAGUGGCGCAAUUCUGGCACCAAAAAAUGUGCAUGUCAAUGCUAUCAAUUAUCUCAUCCAAGAAAAAUUGCCUGGUGCAGUAAUAUCAUACAAAUCUAUUGAUAGCGCAUUGAAUGAAGAAGAUGCAGUCAACUAUCCAGUUGAAUUUUUGAAUUCGUUGGAACCACCCGGUAUACCGCCGCAUUUCUUGAAUUUGAAGGUCGGCUCAUCAAUUAUUUUACUACGGAAUUUGAAUGCACCAAAACUGUGCAACGGCACAAGAUUAUCUGUAAAAAGAUUGAUGCCGAAUUUAAUCGAAGCCACAAUAUUGACUGGCAAAGCGAAAGGGGAAUUUGUACUCAUCCCACGUAUUCCUCUGAUACCAACAGACAUGCCAUUUGAAUUCAAACGAUUGCAAUUCCCCGUGCGCCUAUCAUUCGCCAUGUCCAUCAAUAAGGCACAAGGACAAACGCUCCAAGUAUGCGACUGUGAUAUCGAAGCACCGCUGUCCACAUUUACUAGUCAAAAUGAGAUCAGCACAACAAGUACUGCUAUGUCUACAAAUUAUGACAUUGAAAUACCUCAAGGAACUGAUGACCAAAUGGCCCCUAAAAAACUAUCAGGUGCACAAAAUCAAAAAAGAAAAAAGAAUAUCGAGUUAGAAAAUAAAUUGUUAGCCACUCAAUGGAAAAAAUGGAUGAAUAAAUCAAAUCAAAGAAAUUCUUCAUCUAAUUCGACUAUUAAUUGUAAUGAGAAUAAUAGUAAUGAAGUUAUAGAGGAAAUUUUGAGUAAUGAAUUAUUAGAAAAUUCCGAUGAAUCGAUUUCUGUAAAUAAAAUAUUAAAAGAAACUGAAAUACUUGAUGCCUGCAAUGUGGAGAUUGAAAAAAAUAUUAAAAAUGAAUCUCAAGUUACCGAAGAAAUAUUCGAAAUUGAUUUUAAUGAUCCCUCUUCUUGGCCACCAAUUACUGAUAAAAUUCGUACAUUAUUGAUAAACCAUGGUCCUGAGACGUGUAAAACUCUGAUUUUUAUUUUUCUGAAAAUGUAA